AAUGAAGAAUUAGUAUUUUAUAUAUAAAAAAGUGGGAAUACAACUUGUUGAAUAUGACGACGCUAUCAGAUACUUCUGAUUGUAAUGAAAAUGAACAUGACAUAAUAGUUCAAUAUGAAAAUCAAGAGUCAGAGGAAGAUAUUAUUCAACAAAAGUCAGAUUUUGAAAAUGAAGAAAGUAAAGAAGAAAAUACUGUAAAAAGAAUUGAUCCAUCAACUUCAUCUAAAAAACAUAUAGUAAGAAAUCCUUUGCCUAAAUUAAAUACAGAACGUUUAAAGGGUCCUAAAGGAAUUCAUACUAUUGAAAAAUAUUUUGAAGGCUUUAAAUAUUAUGAAAAAGGAUAUGAAAAAUUAGAUUUGGAUAGAAUUAUGAAAAGAUUAGAACAUUGGGGACAUAGAUUAUUUCCUAAAUUAGAUUUUGAUGAUUUUCUUGAAAGAUUAGAAAAAUUAGGUACUAAAAAGGAUCUUCAGGUAUUUAUAAAGAAAUAUAGACAAGAUAUGAUCAAUGAAGAUAUUGAUAUUAUUAACCAGGAUAAUAAUAUAGAUAUAGAAGAAAAUAAAGAGCAAGAUGAACCUAUUGAUGAAUUUGAUUUAUUGAUUGCAGAACAAAUAGAAAAACAAAAGCAAGUUAUGCAACAAUCUUCAUUUAAUAUAGUUACAACUAAUGAUGAUGUAUUUGAUAAGUUAUUAUCAGAAUCUAAUACUACAAAUUCUUUGGUUACAACUAAUACUUCUAAUUCUUCACAAUUAAGUAAUGAAGUAAAAGAACGUAUAGAAAAAAAUAGACAACAAGCUAUCCAAAGAAGACUUGCAAAACUUAAAGAAGUGCAAAAAAAAAAUUAAAUAAAAAAUCUUGAAAAAGUUAGAACCUAAAUUUUUUAUCUACAAUUAAUAUUUAAUUUUUCACAAUUUAAUAAUAAGAUAAAAAAACAUAUAAAAAUAAAUUGGAAAAGUUAUCAAAAAAAAAAAAAAAAAA